AUGAAGAUGAUGAAGCAGGAGGUGCAAAUGGAGAAGAGACAAGACAAAGACAAAAACAAAAAGAAACAGCAAAGAAACGAAGAAACGACCGCCAAAGAGGCCGCAGACGAUCGGAAAAGUGACGGCGAAGAGGUCGAGGAUGAAGAGGAGAAGAGCAGCACCGAAGAAGAGAGCGAAGAGGAGGUAGACAACAACAGCGACACGACCGGCCCCGUGGGCUCCGCGGGCGGGUUGUUCUUCCUGCGCCGGAGCCGGCGAAAGACCAAGGCCCGACAGCAACAGCAGGAGAAGGAGAGGGAGAGGGAGGUACGCCGCGGCGAGAAGCGCCAGCAGCUCAUCAAGCUCAAGCGCCUGGUCGAAGGCGACGCCGCGCAGCCUGUCGAGCUCGAACUCCCCGGCAGCGGCGAGCAGCGGGAGCGCAACGUCGAAUUCGUCACGAAGAAGGCCGCCGCGCUCACGAAGUCCAAGGAGGACAACGGCGACGAGGAAGACGACGGCGAGGAGACCGCAACGUCGAAGGAGCGGCGGAAGAACAGCCUGGGCUCGUUCGGCUACGGGCUGUGGGUGCCGCCGUCGGGUCGCCGCCGGGCCAUGACCGACUCGGAGCUGGUCAUCACCGAACACCGGCCCGAUGGCGGUGUCGCCGAUCUGCCGGCCAUGCGCCGCAAGGGCUCGCUCACCAAGGGACCCCUGCGACAACAGCAAGUCGCCACCGUCGAAGAAGGAAAAAGAGAAAGAGAAAGAGAAAGAAAAGGAGAAGGAGAAAGAGAAAGAGAAGGAAGAGAGGAGAAGGAGCGGAAGAGGAAGCUGAAGAACCUGUCGCGAUCGGCGCCGGUCGGCCCAGUGCUCUCCUCGGAGGAAGACGACGAAGAGGAUGAAGAAGAGGAUGACGAGGACUCUGAAGAGGAGGAAGAUGAGGAGUUUGGAGAGGACGAUGACGAGGACGACGAGGACGACGAGGACGACGAGCGCGCUUGCCGAUACAACCAAGACACGUCUCCCGCCUUCCGCAACGAGGGCAAGUCAAGGGAGGCACCCGCAGCAAAGACGAAGAUGCUGGAGGCCAAGGACCUGUUGGUGCUCAACAAGCGGGCCAUGCGAAAGCUCUUCAAGCACAAGCUCUUCGCGCCCUUCUUCACCGUGAGCGUGGGCGAGAACACCACCCGCACCAAGCGCACCACCAUUGCCAGCCCGACCUUCAACCACCACCUCACCUUCGUGUAUCAGGAGGGCGGCGAGGUGGAGCCCACGCUGUCGGUGAAGCUGUUCUACCGCUGCCGCACCAAGGCGCACCGUGCGCGGCGGCUCCACGUGGGCACGAUGGAGGUGCCGCUGGCCCGUCUGGCCGCCGGCAAGACGCACGACCUGUGGCUGCCCAUCGUCCCCACCUGCGACUACCAGCUCCUAUGGAACUGGCAGAAGCUGGGCGACGACGCCAGCAACGACGCCCGCGAUUCCCGGGUCGCGGCCAAGAGCAAGGACCGAAGCCGUACACGCCUCGGCAGCAUGCACAUGACCAUACACACAUCGCUGGACCAGAGCGCGGGCGCGCUGAGCGCGUUGGGCCUGCCCUCGCUGGCGGUGCCGCUGCGGUUGCAGGUGGGCGACGUCAUCCUCUUCCACUGCUCCCAGCUCGCCUCGCACGGCGCCAAGCUCGCCACCCGCAGCCGAUGGGACCACGUGGCGAUGGUGGCCAAGCAUCGGAAGCGCGAGGGCCUCUAUCUGUUCGAGGCCACGCGAGACGGCGUGCACCUGUUCCACCUCGACCGACGCCUGGCGUUCUACCUGGAGUCGCGCACGGAGCUCGGCGUGCGGCGCCUGCGCACCGAGCGCACGGAAGAGAUGGAGGCGGCGCUGCACGAAUUUGUGGCCGAAGUCGAUGGGCGACCCUACAAGACAAACCCGCUCGAGCUGCUCCGCGCCUUGCGCGACUCCAACGAGUGCGACAACCUGGACACCAUCUUCUGCUCGCAACUGGUGGCGGCGGCCUACCAGCGGAUGGGCAUCCUGUCGCAGGAGCUGUGUUCGAACAACUACCUCCCGGCCGACUUUGCGACGGCCAAGAUCAGCGACCACCUCAUCGGGGCCGAGCUCGACGAGGUCGUGCUCGUGCCGCCCGUGCGUCAGAAGGGGAGCCUCGGCGACGAACAGCCGUUCGGGAGCGGCGUGGGCGGCAGCGCGCCGGGGAGCUUCCAGAUUGGCAGCUUCCCCUUCUGA